GCAUCGUCCAAUGCAAAGUAAAUUUAUGUUUACAACAGGUUUGUAGGAAUUUUGGUGGACAAUUUGGGUUCUAAGUUCUAUGGCAAAGAUCUGCCUUGCUUCCCUAGUUAAUGAGAAAGCAAAAGAGGAUGUAUGCAGAAGGCAACACCAGUCACCAGCCGAGAGUGGGUUUAUCUCGGGAAGCUAAUCUCAGCAGGCGACGUGUCUCCAGUGUGCAAACGCAGCCUCAGAAACUCAGGUUAUUGCCGAUAGCAACGUGGAUACAGUUUUAAAUGCAGAUUAGUACUGCGGUAUGAGCGAGAAGAAAAUUUUAUUGCGAAUUCCAAGGCAAUUCUUCACUGACAUUGUGACCGCAACUUUACGGGGGGGUCAGAUAGUUAACGCAAAAGUCAUUGAUACAUAGCAAAGUUGGUUUUCCGGAAGCCUAUUGUUGAUCUUAAUUGGGUCUUUAAAAACAAGAGUGCAUUCGUCCUCUGGUCAGAAGAGACUUUGACGCCUGCAGUACGGCAGAGAAAAAGAUAUAAAGUGUAGCAGACUCGGCGAUUGUUAAGUCAAGAAUUUAAGCCUUGCCUUUUCAAAUCUAGAGAACGAAGAUAUAACACAGGCAGGUUUGAGAACCGUUUUUGCCAAAGAUGUCAUUAUUAGUAUUAUUCGUUUUGAUGACCGUCAACGCUUGGAGGGUAUGGACGAUGCCUGUUGACUACAGCUACAGCUCAGCAAGCAUGACAACAGAUCAGGUCAUGAAAUAUCUGGUUAAAUAUGGUUAUCUGCCGGAUAAGACCCCAACCACAAGUACACCCCUCGCUAAUGGUGCAAUCAAUGUGACAAGCAACAAUAGCGUUGUGAACACCUCAGUACCCACGACGGCUCCUGCACAGCCCGAAAAGUCAGUGACGUCAUCAAAUAACUAUGGAAGGGGUGAGAUACCAAGGGCCUUGGGAGAUUUUCAAGAAUUCAUGUCCUUGAAAAAGACGAUGAUGCUCGAUUCUGAAACUUUGCAACUUAUGAGCCUGCCGAGAUGCGGAGUUGAAGACAAGAGGCCACACGUUUCAUGGUUGCCUGAUAUAAUGCGACGAAGGAGGUUUGUUGUAGAAGGCAGCAAAUGGUCAAAGACUGCCCUUACAUAUUCCAUAUCACAACCAAGUUCAAAGCUUGCCAUCAAUGAUCAGAAGGAAGUUCUUAAACUUGCGUUCAGUCGUUGGGCAGAGGUUUCCCCACUUACUUUCACAUACACAGACAACAGUCAGGGAGCCGACAUCAAUGUCCGCUUUGCCUCGCUUUCACACGGAGAUGGAAAACCAUUUGAUGGCCCCGGAAACACUCUUGGCCAUGCAUUUUAUCCUUCAGCUGGUGGUGAUGUCCAUUUUGACGAGGAUGAAGCAUGGGUGACCGGUUUGUCUACGGUGCCAACAACCUCAAAAAGUCUUUACAAGGUUGCAGUGCACGAAAUUGGACACUCGCUUGGUCUGAAGCACUCUUCAGUCACAGGAUCCAUUAUGUCCCCGUUGUACCAUGCAGGUAGUGCCACAACACUUGCUGAUGAUGACAUCAGGGGCGCGCAAGCUAUGUACGGGCAAUGCUCAACCUCCAUUGACACUGUUUUCAGCUGGAUAGCAAAUGGGAGGACAUAUUUUUUCAAAGGCGCAAAUACAUGGAGAUUUUUGGAUGCUGCGGGUAAAAGCGAAGCAAGUUAUCCAAAAAGUGUUGGCACCCAAUGGAUAGGGGUUCCCAAUAAUAUCGACGAAGGCUUUCUUUGGGCAGGAAAUUGGAAAACAUACUUUUUUAAGGGUAGCAAUUAUUACCGGUACAACGAUCAGCUCGACAGGGUAGAGAGUGGCUAUCCUAAGUCAAUUAGCUCAGGUUGGAGUGGAGUGCCUGACAAUAUAGAUGCAGCUUUCUCGCUGAGUUCUCAAGUGAGUUAUUUCUUUAAAGGGAACCUUUGCUACAAAUUCGACAGUGCCACCGAUAAAGUAUCUACUGGAUAUCCUAAAACAAUAAGCGAAUGCUUCCCCGGCGUUCCUGAUAACUUAGAUUCAGCUUUUAGAUACUAUUGGGACGAUGUUUCGUAUUUUUUCAAAGGACAUUACUAUUAUCGAUGGGAUGCAACCAAUAAUAAAGCUAUAGGUCCUUAUCUAAUUGAAACGAAAUGGAAAAAUCUCUGCUUUGUAUAGUUGAAAUGUUAAUAUGUAUGAAACUUCACUUACCAAAUAACGUCACAUAUUCAUCUCCUUUUGAUUGCAACUGGAAUGAAAACCAACCAAUCAAGUCCUAUAAACAGGCACAUGAAAGAUGCAUAAAUGAAAAAUGAUACAUACCUCUAGUUAACCAAUUUUUUCGCUUUAAGAGAGAUUGAGACUGUAAAAACAACACACUGUGAACUAUGUACGAAAAGACGUUUUCUAUAAUAAAUUUUCCAGGAUUGUAUUAUAAUUCAAGGACUCUAAACUGGGUAAAAAGAAACGUAAACUGCGAAAUCUUUGUUUGGCACAUCUAUCAAGGAGAUGAAUUUUUGAUAGUUUUUGUAGAUGGCUAAGUAAUGUAAUCGUUUUAUGGUGUAUAGAUAGGCUGGAUUUUGUUUCUAGUUUUACCCUUGUUUGAUUUGCAAUUCGGGCCUUUCAAGAGCCUCAAAUUUCUAUUAGCAGUGUAAUUGAUGAAUUCUAGGAGGUAACCCUGUUACGAGUUUUUUAAUAAACCUGAAAUGCUCACAUGAGUGUCUAGCAAUGUUGAGCAAUGUAUUUCGUUCUUAAAUUGCUAAAUUGCUCGCAGUGUAGCAGACUUUGAGCUUAAGAAAAUCAAAAUAAAACGUAUCACUUUCAUGGCACAAGUGUUAAAUGUAUGAUAAUUUUGGGCAUCUGUGUUGAAAAACGAAUCAGUCAACACACUACCUCUAUUAAUAUACACAACCGUGCUCCUGCGUGUAUUUUUGUUUUAAUUUAGCCUUGUGAUACCAGCCUGCUCUUUACAGCUGCUGUUUCUUAAAUCACAUUUCUUCCCCACUGAAUUUAUUUCGUCAUUCAAUUUUUAUUUAUCGUCGAGGAAUUGUGUGAAUUUUGGCUCGCUUAUGUAAUAUAAUAGUUUAAGCAUUUUCUCGAUGUUGUGCGUUGAUAUUUUAAAGUUGUGUAAAUAUCUCAUUUUGAUUACUAAAUAUUUUAUUACUGUUUUUCAAAAUAUACCAUUGCCUUUGUAUACCAAUAUUUGUUAGGAGAGAGAUUUCUGUUCUUCGACCAGACAGCUUCGAAUAAAUUACCCAUCACUGCUUUGAUCUAUUGAUGCAGAAGUUUUCAAUUCUUUGCACCCCUUUUAAGUUUGAAUGAGACCCCUGGAUUUCAGGGCUUCCAAAAAAUCAAAUAAGAUCGUGUUUAUUGAUAGAAAAUUUGAAUGUCAAUGUAGAAGCCGGAAAAACCUCUCUCCUCAGAUAUACAUUUAUGUAAAAAAACACUAAAAACAUCUCAUCGACGAUCCCAGUUCUCUGGGAGCAUGUCUAAAUUUUGUAUAAUUCUGGGUUUUAACGCAAUAAUUUAAGCGUGGAUGUUGAUUUCCAACUGGGUUGAUUCGGGUAUUCAUCAAUGCCAAUAUCAUAUGAAAUAUAAUCAGUAUAAAAACAAUAUAAAAACGUUUUUAUCAGCCCAGAUUAUAUUGGGCCUUUGUCUGUUCAAACUGUGAACUCAUAACAUGUUUGAAUCAAAGUAGCCAACAGUUGAAAAACCAGGCAAAUAUUAUUUCAAACAGAGAUGAAAUGCCAGACAGUGUGCAGCCCAGUUUCAAUAUUCAUUGAUAUCAAGUUGUAAUAUUCGAUGUAACAUAUAAAUAUUAUUCUUAAAUUAUAUCUUCAUGAUAUUAGUCGACGCUUGGCGUUUUAGUUGAUUCGAGUUACAGCAAUCAAUCGUAAAUUAAAAAGGUUUAAGUCAAAUCGACCGAUGGAGCAGAUAGGUCGUGUUUUCGAGCUAGGUUUCACACUCCUGUCUAACUUAUUAGAUGCUAAAAUUCUUUUGCAAUCUCCAAUCUACCUUUGUAGAUCAAAUUACCUGGUCGCAGGAAUAUUUUGGAGGUCAUUAGAAAAUACCCGUGCUAAGACGAGUUUCCCUUGAUAAAACGUAAAGAUGUGGUUAAUAUGUUCUCAUAUAGUUUAUAGUGGCGUUGCUUACGUCAUUUAUCCCUCAAAGUCUACAAAUUCUAUCUUUAUAUAAUCCUAUAUAAGAGCAAGUUUUGUAUAAUGAAUGAAAUCUGCAUGAAAUCUUCAGCUGUUUGGCGUGAUAAACUUCAGUGAAACUCUUUUUGUUUUUCGUCUUGUUAGCAUUUUUUACUUUCAAGAUCUGACCAGAACUUUAAAUUCUUUUUUUGCCGUUCAAGUUGAUAUCUUCCUUAUUUAAUACUUUUUCUGUUACAUUUGAGCAUGCCAACUCAAGAUGAAAAGUUGUAAAUAGUGAUAUUACAUGUAAGUUAAUACUAUAUGUAUGCAUCAAUAAGAUUUUUACCUUCAUUCUA